AUGACUUUGAGCUCCAUCCUCAUGUGGACUUUCCUCUGCUGCUGCUUGACAGAGUCCAGAGGCCAGGUCACAGUGACUCAGCCUGGAGCAGUGAGGGCUGCUCCGGGAGCCUCCGUCACCAUCACAUGUAAAACCAGCCGGGAUGUUCAAGUGUGGAACAGCAACCACCUUUUAGCCUGGUACCAACAGAGAGAUGGAGAAAUUCCUAAACUCCUCAUUUACUUUGCUAAUACUCGAGCAUCAGGGAUUCCAGAUCGUUUUACAGGCAGUGGAUCAGGGAGUGACUUCACUCUGACCAUCAGUGGAGUCCAGGCUGAAGAUGCAGCAGUUUACUACUGUCAGAGUCAACACCACAUCAACAGUCAGUAUCUGUUCACACACCAGGUACUGUCCAUGGUUCUGAAUGCGCAUCAGCGGCUACUGUCCAUGGUGCUGAAUCUGCCUCAGCGGGUACUGCUCGUGGUUCUGAAUGUGCAUCAGCGGCUACUGUCCGUGGUGCUGAAUCUGCCUCAGCAGGUACUGGCCGUGGUUCUGAAUGUGCAUCAGCGGGUGCUGUCCGUGGUGCUGAAUCUGCAUCAGCAGUUGCUCCACAUACCUCCAGGGGUAUUCGUACCCCCAUUUGAGAAACUGUGCUUGAGGGCUGCUCUGGGAGCCUCAACCACCAUCACAAGUAAAACCAGCCGGGAUGUUUAUGUUUUUGCUUUCAGCUACCACUGUUUAGCCUGGUACCAACAGAGAAAUGGAGGAACUCCUAAACUGCUCAUUUACUGGGCUAAUACUCGAAAAUCAGGGAUUCCAGAUCGCUUUUCAGGCAGUGGAUCAGGGAGUGACUUCACUCUGACCAUCAGUGGAGUCCAGGCUGAAGAUGCAGCAGUUUACUACUGUCAGAGUGUCCACUUUACCAACAGUAAAGACGUGUUCACACAGUGA